AUUGUAAGUUUUUUCUUCUCUUCUUUCUUCUUCUCUUCUUCUUCUCUUCUUUCUUCUCACGAUUAGCUCUCCAUCGGCACGCUCAUCGGCGCUCUGGUCGCGGCCCCUAUUGCCGACCGCGUGGGCCGGAAAUGGUCCAUCACCUUCUGGUGUCUGAUCCUCAUCGUCGGCCUCGUCGUGCAGAUCUCCUCCCCCUCCGGUCACUGGUACCAGAUGGUCGUGGGCCGCUGGGUGACCGGGUUGGGCGUCGGGGCCUGCUCGCUGCUGGUGCCCAUGUACCAGGGGGAGAGCGCGCCGCGACACAUCCGCGGCGCGAUGAUCAGUUGCUACCAGCUGUUCGUCACGCUGGGCAUCCUGCUGGCCUACUGCAUCAACCUGGGCACCGAUCAUCUGCAGGGGACUGCCCAGUGGCGCAUCACGCUCGGGUUGACCUUUCUGUUUGCUCUGGUGCUCGCCGCGGGGAUGGCCUUCUUCCCGGAGAGUCCCCGGUUCGAAUUCCGUCACGGUCGCGUCGACGCCGCUCGACGCACCAUGGCGAAGCUGUACGGCGUGCCGGAGAACCACGGCCAGAUCCUGCGCGAGCUGGACGAGAUCCGCGAGCAGCUCGCCGCCGAGACGCAGGGCGAGCAGAAGUGGCAUGAGGUCCUGACGGGCCCGCGCAUGUUCUACCGCGUCCUGCUGGGGAUGGGAUUGCAGGCGUUGCAGCAGCUCACGGGCUCCAACUACUUCUUCUACUACGGCACCACCAUCUUCGAAGGGGCAGGCAUCUCCAACAGCUUCGUCACGCAGGUCAUCCUCGGCGCCGUCAACUUCGCCACCACCUUUGGCGGCCUGUACGUCGUCGAGAACUUUGGCCGGCGCAAGUCGCUCAUCACCGGCGCCCUCGCCAUGUUUGUGUUUUUCCUCAUCUUCGCCUCUGUCGGCCACUUUGCCCUGGAUAAGGAACAUCCCGCCAACACCCCUGCCGCGGGCAAGGGGAUGAUCGUCGUGGCGUGUCUGUUCAUCGCCUCCUUCGCCAUGACCUGGGGCCCGAUGAUCUGGACCAUCACCGCCGAGCUGUACCCAUCGAAAUACCGGGCGCGUGGCAUGGCUCUGGCAACCGCUUCCAACUGGCUGUGGAACUUCCUGAUCGGCUUCUUCACCCCCUUCAUCACCGACGCCAUCGACUUUGCCUACGGCUAUGUCUUUGCGGGCUGUCUCCUCGUCGCCGCGGCGGUCGUCUACUUUGGCGUCGUCGAGGGCAAGGGCCGCACCCUGGAGGAAAUCGAUUAUAUGUACCUUCACCGUGUUCCUCCCUGGAAGAGCAGCUCCUACCAGCUUCCUGCCGAUACCUGGGCGCGGAAUGGGACUCUCUCGCCGCGUACAGGCCGCAAGGAGUCGGAGUCAUAUCAUGCAGAGAAUGCAUGAAUGCAACCUGCAUAUAGACAAUCAAUAGAUCAAUAGAU